UCCAAAUGCCACCCGUUGCUUCAGGGCCUGAAUGUCGAUGCGUUUCCAAACCACCCUUCCCCUGAUAGGAGAGACCCUAAACUAUAUUUAGCUCUGCCCAGGGUUCAGCUGGGCCAAGCCUGCAUUGGCCAACCCGCCUGUCACUCACUACCACGAGUGACUCCUGGGGUUGAUAGUUUACAUUAGGCAGUGUGCCUGGUGCCAAAAUUAACCCUGGGUAGAGGGACGGAGGGGGCAGUGGGGGCAGGGGUAGUGGGGGUUUGUUGGGGUGGCCAGGAGAAGACUCUUUCCCCGGUUGUGUUUCCAGAGGCACGGAAGCUCCUCUGAAGAGAGCAGGGACUGCACAGGUUCUGGACUGACACCAGGUGGAUUUGUUUGUGUUAAAGUGGAAAGAAAGGGGGGGGUGGUGGUGGUGGUGAGUUUUUUUUCUGUCUGACAAGACAAGAGUCCGGUCAUUGCCAUUCAAGGGCAUCUGUCAGCCACUGUGGACAGACUGGCGGUGCGGCCUCUGUGACUGAUCCGUAUGGGCUCUUGCUUCUGGACAGCCCUCCAGCGCUGGAGAUGUGUGCAUUGACGAGGUCCAGGCCAGCACAUAUGCAGCAAUGGGAGACUGGAGCUUACUGGGGAAGCUUCUGGAGAGUGCCCAGGAGCACUCCACCGUGGUGGGCAAGGUCUGGCUGACGGUCCUUUUCAUCUUCCGCAUCCUAGUGCUGGGUACGGCCGCCGAGAAGGUGUGGGGGGACGAGCAGUCGGGCUUCACCUGCGACACCAAGCAACCCGGUUGCCAGAACGUCUGCUACGACAAGACCUUCCCCAUCUCGCACAUCCGCUUCUGGGUACUGCAGAUCAUCUUCGUCUCCACGCCCACGCUCAUCUACCUGGGCCACAUCCUGCACCUGGUGCGCAUGGAGGAGAAGCAGAAGCUCAGGGAGAAACAGCUACUGAACCAUCAACACGCUACGGACAAUCAGCUGGUCAUUGCUGACGUGAAGACCAAGAAGGCGCCCGUGCGAGACGAGCAGGGUCACAUCCGCCUGCAGGGCGACAUCCUGCGCACCUAUAUCUUCAACAUCAUCUGCAAAACCUUCUUCGAGGUGGGCUUCAUUGUGGGCCAGUACAUCCUGUACGGCUUCGAGCUGAAGCCCCUCUACACAUGCGACAGGCCCCCAUGCCCUAACCGCGUGAACUGCUACAUCUCUCGGCCCACAGAAAAGACCAUCUUUAUCCUCUUCAUGCUAGGUGUAGCCUGCUUGUCGCUGCUGCUCAACCUGGUGGAGAUGUACCACUUGGGCUUCACCAAGUGCAAACAGGGACUCCGUUACCGACAGGUGGAACUUGCAUCGGAGGCGCCCUCCAAGACGCCAAGUGAGGCUACAGCUGUACCUUUCGUGCCCAGCUACAGUUACUACCACCCAGACCCUACGCCCUACCCUCCUGCCCCGGGGUACAGCAUCACGCCUAUGAAUGGAUCGGACUCAUCCUUCCACCCAUACAACAGCAAGGCGGCAUACAAGCAAAACAAGGACAACCUUGCCAUGGAGAGAAAUAGCAAACCUGAGGAAUGCGACCUGAAAACGAAAAAGGGUUCUGGGUCCGUCCCGGGAUCGCCCGCUUCCAUCCGUCAGGGCAAGUCAACUCGAACCCCUCGGCCCACCCCCCACAAGACCAGAAUAGAUGACCUCAAAAUCUGAAAUGGAUGAACUGUCUCUUUUUGGGGGUUAUAUGUGCAGCCUCUUGUUUGAUAGUCUCUUGAGUCUUGAUCAAAUGUGAUCUUAUUCCCGUUGUGUAUUCUGUAUUUUUUUUUUUACGAUGAUCAAGAUUUUAGAAUACUGUUGUUUAAUGUUUUGUUUGUGUUUGUGACACAAAAUAGGUUCCUAUGUGCUGCAUAUAAUCCCGUUUGGUUCAAUAUUAGAGGUACUUUCACAUACCUACACAUCUACAGUAAUAUUUAAUUUCUACAAACAAGUUAAUUAAACUUUUUUAACAGCAUGCUCUUCAUAUUUUGUUCCCAGUUGUAGAUAUAAUACCACAAAACAUCAUAGGUAUGAAAGCAUAUUUCAGUGUAGAUGCUGCAUAUGAUUCAUUCCUGAUGUCUUAAACAACCCUGUGUUGCUUUCUCUGCAGUAUGGUGUUUCAUGACCUGCUCUGAGAAAGAAGUAAGAAACCAGAGAGCUGAAAUUCAGCAAGUCUGUAUAAGGGCAUUGGAAAAUGUUUUAUUAAACUGACCUCUCCCAUUUUAAGAGGGUUUUGACGUAAUUCACUUA